GCGGGCUCGGCCUUCUCAGUAGCCCGGCGUCCCUCCGUCCCAGUUGGCCUGGGUUCCUUCUGGAGGCUUCGUUGACGGGGAGCGACUGCGCAUGCGCGCCCGUGCCCUGCUUUUCUCCCUCUCGGAGGAAGCCUUGUGGGGUCCCCUCCUGAAGGUCAGAGAAGAAAGCAGCAAUGGCAGUAGUGCAGAUUCAGAUGACACAGGCAGUGGGGAAGAUGAUACUGAUGAAGAUGGAGUUGAACAGGAUGAAGAAGGUGAAGAUGAAGAUCUAGAAGAUUCUGAGGAGGAGGAAGAGGAAGGUGAAGAUGAAAUGGCUACUGAGCAACCAUGUUCAACUAAAGCAAAACCACAGUUUAAUGGAGGAAUUGAAUCAUCUUCUGAUGAAGAUGCUGAAAACUGCCCAAUAUGCCUCAAUACAUUCAGGGAUCAGGCAGUUGGAACACCAGAGAACUGUGCCCAUUACUUCUGUUUGGACUGUAUAGUUGAGUGGUCUAAAAAUGCCAACUCUUGUCCAGUGGAUCGAAUCAUUUUCAAGUCUAUCUGUGUUAGAGUACACUAUGGUGGAGAAAUCUUGAAGAAAAUUCCAGUUCAGAAUACAAAGUCUCAGGAAGAUGAGGUGGAGGAUGAUCCAACUUUUUGUGAAGUAUGUGGCCGAAGUGACAGAGAAGAUCGUCUGUUGCUGUGUGAUGGCUGUGAUGCUGGAUACCACAUGGAAUGCCUUAAUCCACCACUGAGUGAGGUACCUGUGAAUGAAUGGUUCUGUCCACCAUGUACACCUGCAAAUGCUACACCUGUUGAUGUUGAAACAGAUCAUGUGAGUGAAGAGGAGGUUGCUUCCCUCAUAGCUGAUGUAAUUCCUACUACCAGUCGACUGCGUCCUAAUGUCCGAACUCGAGCUAUAGCUAGAACACGUCAGAGUGAGCGUGUGCGGGCAACAGUGAACAGAAAUCGGAUAACAACUGCACAGCGAAUUCAGCAUGUACCAAGGUACUUUAUGUCUUCCCUUCUUGAUGAAACAAUUGAAGCAGUUGCAGCAGGACUGAGCACAGCAGUUUACCAGAGACCAUUGAUUCCUCGGACCAUUACCAAGAAGAAACGAAAAAGAGGGAGGAGAAAGAAAACAACAAGUAAAAAAACUCAUGCGAAAUCAUCUGUUGGGAAAAAGAAUGUUGGAACAUGGAUCAAAAGGCGCAAGCAUCGAAAGCGCAGAAGAGUGAAGAAAGCAAAAGUGAAAACUGAAGUGACUGCUCGCUCCCGAAUUGCAAAAACUCUUUGUCUUGGCAAACCUGUGCGUGGCACAUCAAUCCCUUCCGUGUACAAACCUGUAGAACCCUCACUUGGCCUGAUGAGAGCAGAUAUUGGAGCAGCUUCCCUCUCAGUCUUUGGAGAUCCUUUUGAGUUGGACCCCUACAACAGUAAUGAAGAGCUUCCUGUUCCAAACUCACCAGUGAGCACCAAAAGAAGAGGUCUUUCUCAGUCAGCUCUCAGAUCACAUCGCCCUGUUGCUCGGCCAGUUGCUGUGGGGAUUCCUGGGAGAAGUGUGCCUGCCAUGUCAUCUGAACCAGAAGCAGAAGCAGCACCAGUGCCUGAUCUAUUGGGCAGCAUCAUGUCUGGACAGAGCCUCCUUAUGAUGAGUGGUUCAGAUGUUGUCAUUAAUAGAGAUGGAUCAUUAACAGCAAAGAAAACAAUCCCAUUACAUGGCAGUUCAAAAUUUGAGGAACACUUGGGGGACAGUGCUCAUCUUGGGAUGUCACAAUUGGGAAACCCAACUAGUAGUUCUGGUACUAAAUCUUCAAAAUCGAAACCCUCCAUAUCUAAUACAUGCUGUUCAUCACCAUCAUCACUAAGUGCAGCAAACAGAGCCCCAAGUCCUUCUCAAACAACACUUGGAAGGACACCUAUUCGAUUUGAAUACUCGAUGACUCCAAGGUCUGUUCAGACCCAGAAUUUAGCCAGUCUGAACAGAUGUGGCCCCAAGCUGGGUGAAGUAUCUAGAUUUAAUGGAGGUUCUAACCUGUCUAGUGCAUCUCUUCUUUCAUCUUCUAAAUUGUACAGCAACUCCUCUUCAGCCUCAAAAACAAUGUCUGUCAGACAGCCUCUAAAGUCUUCCCCCAUAAGGCUUGAGAUAUCUGAACUGCCUAGAAUACCAAAGAUUAAAAAUGAAACCACAAAUGGACAUCUUGGAUCACAAUCUGCCAAUGACAGAAUUGGUGAUAUCCCCAGCUCCUGUAUAACACAGUUGACUGGCAAAGGAAACACAAACCAGCCAGUCAGAAGUAGUAAAACGGAACGUAGCAUACCAAAUACCAAUGAUCAACAAGGACAGAUGAGUGGAGGCUCUCCUUCCACUGAUGCCCAUGGCAAUUCUACACUUCCUCCAGUAAGGGGAAGAGCUGGCAGCUCUUCUUUUGAGAGUUUCAAAAUCAACAUCCCUGGAAAUGUUGGACAUUCCAGCAGACUGUCCAAUCCUGGGUUUUGCAAUACUUUCCGACCUGUUGACAAUAAAGUGCAACAGAAGGAGAAUCCUUCACCCCUAUUUUCACUGAAGAAAACAAAGCCAAUUAAAAGUGAAAUAUAUGAUCCUUUUGAUCCAACAGGCUCUGAUUCCAGUUCAGCAAAUAGCAGUCCUGAAAGGUUGCCCUUCACUAAUAUCACCAGGACAAUAUCCAUAGCAAGUCCAAAAGUUCAGACAUUCCAAACUGUGCGCCGCAUUACACCUUACCCGCUGGAAAAUAUCUUUGGAUCAGAGGCUGAAUCAACUGAUUUGCUGUCAAGGCACACCGAGUCCUAUGAUGAUGUGAUAUUAAAGGACAGGUUUGUGGAACAGGUUUCUGAUGCAGAACAAGUAAAACAUGAGGAGGAAGAGUUGUCUUUUACACUCUGUACCUCAUCUGCCAUCAAGCAAGAGCACCUAAUUGAAGAUAACAAAAGUCCUAGGAUAGUUUUUGAUAAUGAUCAAAGUAAGCCAAGGGUAAAGAUGGAGCUGGACAAUCCCAUAAGAGAAAAUGAGCAACAAAACAUUCUUUAUGAGCAAGCAGAAAAGCGAUCAUUUUCAAGAUCCCCAUCAAAUUCCAGUUCUCAGAGCCAGACAAAAAAUAACAAAAAAAUGGCAACCAUGAAAGAACACAAAAAUACCCAAUCACGAUCUCGAUCAAGAACACGUUCUAGCUCCAGAUCUACAUCACAACCAGUUGAAGAAAAAUACAGCAGAAGCUACUGGAUUAAAUCUGAAGCCCGCCAGACCUCAAGUGAUCGCUCUAGUAGUCAUGAGCGAUCAAAAAGAAAGAAAGCAAAAGACAAAACUAAAGACAAAAAAGUAAAAAGUUCUGGGUCAAAAGAACGCAAGAGAUCUAGAUCACGAUCUGGUAGCCCUGGCAAUUCCUCUUUUGAGUUAUAUGAGAACAGAAAAAAGAAAAAGCACUCUACCUCUAGAGCCAGGGGGCGAGAAUAUUUCCGAUCAAACAGUGCUGAGAGGACUAAAAAAAAGAAACACAGAAGAGAGAGAAGCUAUGACAGAUGUGAGGAGAGCUGCUCCAAGUCACAAGAGAGAAAAAGAUCAAGAUCUAGGUCUCAGGAGAAAAGAAAAAGGAAAUCAAGGUCACCCUCUACAUCACGAUCCCAGGAGUCCAAAUGGAAUAAAUUUAGGGAGACACCAUUACGAUCCAGGUCACGCUCCAAAGAAAGGAAACACAAGUCAAAACAGGUGUCACCACUGCUUCUUAAAGAGGAGGAGCAGAGAUCUUCAGAUGACAACCUAGAAAGUUGCCUUGAACAUGCUACAACUUGGGGAAUUAAGUUAGAAGAUAUGGUACCAGAAGCAUUGAAUGUUCAUCUAGACUUGAUCCCUGAGCAAGAGGUUCCUCCAGCAGAUGACAUAAUGAACGCUGCUUUAGAAGAAGGCAUUGCAACAGAACAAGCCUGUGAGGAGUUUGAACCUGAAACCAUUCCUACCCAGCCCAGUUAUCCAAACUCUGAAAUAUUACCUGACAAUGUAGAUUCUUUAACUGGAAUUGAAUUGGCAGUGGGCUAUGAAUCGCCAAGGCUUGAUAACCAAACCAUCGUGAAACUCGAGGACACUGAAAUUAAAAAAGAAGAUGAUGUGUGCCCAUUUUUAUCAGACUCUGUUCUUCUAGAGAAAAAGAAACCUGUAUGGAAUCCUGGUGAGGCUACACCAGUUCAAGCUUCAGCUGAAAUCAAAAAACCAGCAAAAGUUAUAUCUGCGGGACCUAUAUUGGAUGAAAAUCCAAGCAAUGUAAAUAAACCUGAACUUGAGGCAGUACUUCAAGGUCCUCUAUUGAAAUCUAAAGCACCAGUGAAAAGAGUUACCUGGAAUCUUCAAGAGGAAGAAAGUAAUACAGUGACUGCAGACAAAACAUCAAGAGUGGCAUUCUGUAAGCAGCAAAGAACAAAAGAAGGGGUCUGGAAAGCAGAGGAUUUGACCCAAACAUUAAAUCAGGUGCAGUUAACUGAGCCUCCUCCAACCAAUUAUAUGAUUCCUGAGCCUAUGUUUCCUGAUCUAGAUUCCAAUCAGGUUUACAACCAAAACCUGCCUUUGACAGCACCACUGCCCUCCAGCAUGCCCCCCUAUGCCCCUGUUAGUCAGCCCACUGUCCAGUUCAUAAUGCAGGGCAGUCUUCCUCUGAUCAGCUGUGUGGCAAGUCAGGGACUGAUUCCAGAGCCUGGGAAUCUGGCUACAGCUUCUGAACCAGGAAUUCAGGCAGCUUCAACAGGAGAGGCAGAGGAGAAAAUCAAAGCACUUAAAUCUCCAUUGGAUAAAACAAAAAAUGAAGAGUACAUGAAAAAACUUCACAUGCAAGAGAGGGCUGUGGAAGAAGUAAAGCUUGCAAUUAAGCCCUUUUACCAGAAGAGGGAGAUCACCAAGGAAGAAUACAAGGAGAUUCUUCGGAAGGCAGUGCAAAAGAUCUGUCAUAGCAAAAGUGGUGAAAUCAACCCUGUGAAGGUGGCUAAUCUUGUGAAGGCUUAUGUCGAAAAGUACAAACAUAUGAGAAAACAUAAAAAGACUGAUACUGAAGAAGAGCCUCGUGAAACAGGGAACUGAGAUGAGUAACGAGGUGAAACAGGAAAGAGCUUUUCUACACAAGGACGUUUUCUUCCUGUAGUGGGAGGCAGGGAUAUGCAGUUGCAUGUUGCAACCCCCUCCCUCAGAAACUGGAUGCAAUUGGACGUUCUUGAAGGGAGACUCUCUUUUCACAGAAGAGUAGGGACUUCCUUUUACAUUUGAUCGCUGUUUGAGAACCAUAUAUCCUUCUUAACUUGUGGGGAAACUAUGGACAAGCAAAACUCUGGGUGUGUUGAGAAGUAUGCUAUCAAUUGUCAUGGUUUUCUUUGAUCACACUUUUUGGGGGUCUGUGGAUCUGUCCUUCAGUUUAAAGCAGGCACUUUUAUAUGCAGUACACAACAAUCUGUGUUGCUCCUCUUGUGUUCUUAUUUGUCAGAAACAUGGAGUCUUUGGAGAUUUUUCAGAAACCAGUUGACUACUUGAAAUGUGAUAUUUUUAGCCUGUUCUGUGGGAGAAAUGUUGACUCAAGUUUGCCAUAUGGAAGUUGCAGAUGUGUGCUAACCUUUACAAAUUCUCUGCUUUGGGGUGGCACUUACUUACAUAUUAUUUUACAUUUUGUUAAGAUAUCUCAGUGAUUAAUUUCUUUGGGGAUUUGUGGGGGCAUGGUGAUGGAGGAACCAGACUGCAUCACCACCUGUAAAUAGUGUGUUCAAGGCUGGUUUUGCAUUCAGCAAACUACCAUUUGCUGAGGGGAGUGGUAAAAGAGGAGAGUUGCAAACUGUCAAUAGUGAAGCCAAGGAAUGUGGCAGAAGUAUGUACAAAGCAGAAACGUGACAAUUUAUAAAGUUAUUUUGAAUUGUUUCUUGUUUA